GGAGGAGGAAAGGUUGAAGCAACUGGAGAUAACAACCAAGCUGGGACAGGUGAACUCCUGUUGAAAACACGAGCUGGACAUGGCUGGGUAUAAGCAAAAGGUGAUUUCUCUGACCAAGAGGUCAGGUCAGACAUUUGGCUUCUAUCUGAGGGUGGAGCAUAAUGAGGAGGGUCACCUGGUACGCUGUCUUGAAAUGGGAGGUCCAGCUGAGCUGUCUGGCAUGAAAGACGGAGACCGGAUUAUCAGAGUGAAUGGGAAAUUUACUGAUGAACUCUCCCAUUCUGAAGUGGUGGACCUAGUGAGAAACAGUGGAGCAUCAGUUACGUUCCACAUCUUAGAUGGAGCCUCAUACAAGGAAGCCAAAGCACAGGGAGUAAACUUCUCUAUACCAAGUGCAAAACGUGCCAAUGAUGAAGCCAAAGACGCUCCAAAACCCAAACUAUGCUACUUGGUCAAGUCCACCUCUGGUUUUGGGUUUUCUAUUCGCACGGUAAAAGGUGAAUCAGGUUUGUUCAUGACAGAGGUGACACCAGGAGGUGUAGCUGACGGAGCCUGGGUCAAAGACAACGACCGUGUGUUGGAAGUCAACGGCGAGAAUGUAGAAGACUGCACACAUGAAGAAGUUGUGGACAUAAUCAGGCUGGCGGGGAGCAGCAUUAUGUUCCUCUUGGUUAAUGAAGAAACAUACAGGUACUAUCACAACAAGUCUGGAAAGAUAGAAGCAUGUUCAGCCACAACCAGGUACCUCCCUCUGGAGCCACGCAUUAUCUCAAUGACAAAAGGACCUGAUGGAUAUGGAUUCCUGCUCAGGGAAGGGCACUUCAUCAGGAAAAUAGACAGAGGCAGCCCAGCAGAAAGAGCAGGCCUGAAGGAUAUGGACAGACUGGUGGCGGUGGAAGAUCAGGAAGUUGAGAGCUACAGCCAUGAGCAGGUGGUGGACAGGAUCAAGCUGAGUGGCAAUAAAUGCUGCCUCCUGGUGGUGGACAAACAUACAGAUCAGAUGUAUAAGCAGGGGAAAGUGUCUCCUUUCAUUUUCUGGAAAGAAACAAAGGAUUCGACUUCACCACCCAGUUACAAUGAGGUCAUCAGUUCACCUGCUGCUUACCUACCACUCACGUUGGUUCCAGAAAAUAAAGAGGAACUUAAGCCCAAACUCUGUAAAAUGCAGAAAACCCCAGCUGGAUAUGGUUUUCGCCUAAACGGAGUCCAAGGAAUGUAUGGACAGUACAUCAAAGAGGUGGUGAAGGAUGGAGCAGCGGACAGGGCAGGUCUUGUGGAUGAGGACAUUGUGGUGGAGGUGAACGGGGUGAAUGUGGAACAGAGUAGCCAUGAAGAGGUGGUAGAACUUAUCCGUGACAGUGGCGACUCUUUGGAGAUGCUGGUGGCUGCGAUGAAUGUCUACGACGAGCUCAAAGCUGAAGGAGUGACUAUCACACGCCAGCUGCUUGGGGAAAAAUCGUAUGUUCAAGUUCACAAUGCAGAGAGUAGCAAGGAGGCCAGACAUCACGAGAAGACCAUACCUGAGACUCCAACUGAACAAGCAAGAGAGAGGGUCUCAUCAGUGUCGUCUCAUUCAUCGGAGGACAGUAUCGAUGAGAAAUUCUGAAAAGUCACGUUCUCUGAUUUGCCAAUUCAACGAUGAUCAAAUGUACUUUUUUUUUUUUUUUUUCCAAUUAGCUCUGUGAGCUUCACUUCUUGCAAUUAAGACAAUGGAACCAGAACCAUUAAGAUUUAAGUUUCACCGUCACCUGAAUGCACUGCAACUUUAAAUAGAACUGCUUUAACAGCUGUGUACCUAAAAACAGUAGAUAGGGAUGUUGAUGACCCUGUGCAAUUAUACAUUUUAUCUUUCCUAUAUCUGAGAUUACCAGUUAUCAAAAUGAAAACAGUAAAUGUGGCAUUUCUUUUGUUAAUAAAGUGUCGCCUUUAUUAAAUGAUCUCAAAAUGAAA